GAUAUGUGUCGAAAAUGACAGAGCCUGGAGUUCAUUUUGACUUCAUUGCCCAUUGAUAUGGACUCUUCUUUUCAAUGGGAGGAAAACUCAUGUAUAUGACUACAUAUCUUUAUCAAAAGGGUUGUAGUAGUGUGAGGGUUUGGCAUCAGAAGGACGGAUUGGGACGUUCCGAUCUAUACCCUCUUCUCGAAGUGUCCUAAUGCUAGAGAAAUUUUUGUUCGUUAGUGGAAAGAGAGAGAGAAAUAAGACAUUUACCGAGAGUCGAUGUGAUAGACAGAAACUCCAAUCACUGAGUAGCUACCAUGGUAGUCAUAUUCAGAGAAAAUAUAAUGUAUUGUCCAUUACAAGCUAGUUUAUAAAAAAAAUCGAAUACCUAUGUAUCAAAUGAGAGAACCCAAUUUAGAAUAAGUCGUAUUCCAUUAACCAAACUAAAUGUCCACCACCUUAGGUACUUUUUCCAUGUACCUAACUCAAGUGCACUCAACUUUUUACACAUUUGUAAACAAGAAUGAUCGCUUGUAGAAAAUAUUGGAUAUUAAUCGCCAAAAAUGGCAUGGGAAGCCUAUAUAUAUUGUUCAAAAAACUUCCUUAAGUGCAAAUCUAGAUAAGACUUAGGGAUUUGUACUAUCAGUCACAACUAUAUUCAAAACACUAUUAGAAUCGACCAUGCACAUAGAGCUAUCUAGGGUUUCCCCAUCCAACACAAACUAAGGACAUGUUUGGUUAUUACAAAUUUAGAAAGAUCACAUAGUAAUAGUACACCCUAUUUCCAACCGAUUGUUUGCAAUAUGCAUAACGCGGUUAGGUUUUCAGUUCGAUGUUUGGUAAAGGAAGUGAUAAAAAAACAAAAGGCUGAAACAGUUGUUGUACAAUUAUGUGCUUUACCUAGAUGCUCCCUAUACACUACUACAUGACCCAUAUAUAGCCACUAGUUUGCUCAAAAUUAUGCUCUCUCUAGCUAGUUCCUUUCUAGAGUGAGUCUUUUUAGCUAAGCCAGCUAGAGUGAGUCGAUGGGGGGCACAACUUUCUCUUUCUGAGAUGGAACUUGCUAUGAUCCAUGUCGAUUGAUCUCCUGUUCUAAAAGUGCUAAGAAGUUGGUUGGAGUUAGGUACGCUCUUGAGUGGAAGUUGAAUGGGUUAAAUCCAUUUUUUUGCUUCACAUUGGUUCAUGUAAUCAUGUUCAUAUUUAUACCGUCGGUAUAAACCGGUCGUUUACAAUUUGUAAGAAAACAUAAUUUCUUCCAUUGUAUUUUGAAAGCAAUACGGAAUGCAAGUACCCUAUUUGGUCAUGAUAUCCGGGUCGUCACUGAGAGAUCAAAAUCAAAGUUCAAACAAAGAACAUUGUUUUCCCCGUUAAAAAGGAAUUUUAAAGAACAUUGUGCCACAAACGGACGGUUUGGCAGGUAACCGUCUAAACAAGCUAUAAGCCGAGCUGACAUAAGCUAUUCCAAUAUGGGACUAACCGGAUCACAUAAGGUUUGGUGAUUUCAGGUCGAACCGAAGGAUGCAACCAACCUUAAACAAUAGGGAUUAUUAGAAUAUUUAAUAGUUGUCCUAAACCCUUCUAUUUCUCAAGAGCCACCAAAAAUUUCCCCUUGAAGGACUAUUCUUUUCUUUAGGGACAUCACAUCUGCUAGAAUCUAAAGACCAGAAAGCAAUAAUCCCUUCAAGGUGAUUGGGUGAAGAUGUUAGUGUGUUUCCCACAUUCAAACUGUCAUCGUCCUCACUACUCCUCUCCUCUGCCACUCCAAAUCAUGGGUCAGUGACAUAAUCAUCACCAUCCUCCUAUCUGUGGGUGAGGGGGGAAACCAACUCAUACGAGACUGAAGUUUGCACAGCUGCAAAUACCAUUUACUUAACAAACGAGGGUCGUCGAGAUUCAAAAACAAUAACCCUCGCCAAUCAAAGACUCUGAUACCAUGUUAAUGACAAGUUAAUUGAUCCUAACAACUAGAUUUGUUGAGAGAAAUUCAAUUAUGAUCUUUACCAUUUACUAGCUAGGGUUGCAAUUCAGAUAAGUUUUAAUAAAGAAUGAAGCAAUUCAAUUAGCUAGAAUUCAUGUCCAAGUGCAUAUUUUGUUAUAUCUAAAUAAUAACUAAUUAUGAUAUAUCAAAAUACGUGCUCCCACUAAGCAUGUACAUAUGAACCGACCAUACUUGAAUGAAGCUUACCUAGCCUCGAUUCAAAGUACGGUCCUCAUACUCAUGUGUUAGGACACAUACUAACGCGUUAAUGAUCGUUGGAUCGUGAAUUCCGUGAUCCACGAUCAUUCAAUCUAUGUGCCGAAGAGCUAGCCACGUGGGUUAGGCCGGCAAUGUCCAGGGGAUAAUGAGACCAACGUACUACAUGGAGCCCGCCGCUUUAUGGGAUAUUGUCAAAGCAGCCACGUGGGUUAGGCCGGCAAUGUCCAGGGGAUAAUGAGACCAACGUACUACAUGGAGCCCGCCGCUUUAUGAGAUGACUUGCGCAUCAAAAGAAAGAUGAAACCCUAAUGUAAGCCUCAAUUUUGUCCCCUUCAAAUUACAAUGGCUUGAUUUUUCGAACUAGCUAGAUUGUCAUGCUCAAAUUUCAAGGUGUCAAAUGUUAUCAACUCUCGAGUUGAUCGUUAACAUUUGUCGAUCCCACAUGAUUUCUCUUAUUAGUAAUCUUGUUGUGACUUAUCUACAUAUAUAUGUAGCUAAAACAUUAAUGUUAAGCCCUCCACCACUUGUCAAGAUCGAUGUAACCCUGUAUGACAUACCCAUUUGACUAUUACACAUGAAUACUAGCUAAAUCUACCAUCACUAUCGUUAACAUUAAUUGUUGGUGACUCUACUCUGACAUAUAUACCUACUUUGAGGAUGACCACUUUUCUGAAGUUAUCUAGGAUCAUGGUCCUAGAUAACUUCGGACCGCAACCCACCACUACCUAGCUAGCUUAGGAUCAUGGUCCUAAACUUCGGUGCAUUGUAAGUAAGUAUAUGGUGAAGAUGUGUGUUAUAUGGUGCAACCUCUACACACAAAGGUCACUCUCUCCCUCCCGUGGGAAUAUUGUUCAACAACAGAAGGGGGGGAAGUGGGGAACUUUCUCUUCAAUCUUGUCAUAGAUGGGGUUUAGGGUUUGUCAAAUCCCACUGUGUUGCACGGCCUUUACAUGAGUGGCUAGCUGCUUGACGAAAAUGACGACUUCUUUCUUGGGAGCAGAAAGAAGAGCAGAGGAAGAAGGAGCUUUGGUAGGGGCCGGCCAACCCCCUCAAAAUCUGCUGCUGUUCUGCUUUCUGGCGCCAGAUAUUGCACAUGCAUGGGCACACAAACACAACUUUGUAGGCUAGAGAGAGAGAGAGAGAGAGAGAGAGAGAGAGUAAUGGGUUGCAUGCAUCACCUUUGUUAGUGUUGCACUUAUUAGAUUUUGAAGGUAGGAUCCACUAUGUGCAUAUGUGUACUAUCAUUUUUUCCAAUUGGUGGAAGAGAUUAGAGAAACUCAUUUCCUUGGUUGGUAUGCUAAUGAUGAAUAUGAAAUUGGCUACACGUGGAUGUGGUGCUCAUCAAUGUUAAUGAGUGGCCGGUAUACGAUUCAUAAUUUGAACAUCUUUCAACAGCUUGAGUUAUUGUGACCAAUUCGACUUUGACGUUGUAUCGGAGCCUUCUUUAACCGAGAGGUAUUCUGUUCGAAUCCCGGUGACCUCAUUUGUUGUGCGCAUGGUAUUUUGAUGCCUUUGCAAACUUUCAUUCCUUCUGAGUUGGCUUUUGCUUGAGGGGGUUUGUUAAUAAAGGGUAUAUGAUCCGUAAUUGAACCUCUAUUAGCAAUUCGGAGUUAAAUCGACUAGUUCUUGGCACUCUAAUGAUAGGUUUGGUCCAUAAUUGAUCCAUAAUUGUGGUAGAUAUCCGUCAGGGAAUAUGUAAGAUCUGUUGUCUUGAGCUCUUAUAGGGUCUGGAUUGAACUCUCUUUUAAAACCCUCAAAAAUUUUAAGUUCAUGGGUCGAGAGUCGAAACGAGAUAGUUCUUGAUGACUUCCUUAUCAUGUUAUUAAAUUUUCGUAUUAACUAUCUAAUUGUUAAUGCCCGACAUAGUGAUGGCAAUGAGACGGGGCGGGUACCUCAAUACCUAUAUCCUGCCCCAUGUUACUUCAGGUCGGGACGGGUCGACCAAUUCCUACAUGCUUGAAUAAAUACAGGUAAAAAUUUACUUUUUACGAUAACAAAUUUCUUAACCUAACUGCCUAAGAGAAGUGGAAGAAAAGAAAGAAUGUGGGCCGGCUUGUGUGUGUGGAAAACCAACACACAAGACUUAGUCCUAUCACUUUUUCACUGCAGUAGUGAAAGUACAUGUAAACUUGGCAGCAGCAGCAGCAGCUUAGUGAAGUAGAAAAGGGACAGAAACCACAAUCGUUCAUGACCUUUUUUCCUUGGGUGAAAAGGAAGAACAUCGCCAUUUCUCUUAGUAGCAACAUUUUCUAAAUAAAGGUUGCAAGACAGAAGCUAUCUUUGGUGUCGACUGUAGCCUUCACACUUUCACAGAAGUCGACAGGUUAGGUAUACUCAGCUAUUUUCUUUACCCUUUUUUCUACAUCAUCCUUCCUUUCCUUUCCACGUAAGGAUUUACUCCCAAAGAGAGACAUGGAGAUCUUGUAAUGACUUAGCCCUAGCAACUUAUGCUCAAGCUUUUGGGGGGAUGAGAUCGGUUGGUUAGCUCCUCGUGUCAUCAUCUACUGCAACCCUCUGAGAAAUUGCUGAAUCGUCGAGUGGCUCAAACGAUAAGGCAUGAGGUUGGAAUGAUAUAUGGUCUCGAGUUAAAGUCUUAUCUGGUCAUUUGUGAAGAAAAUUCAUCGAUGACCAACGAGGUUUAUGUUACGGGUUAACGUACGUAGUGCACCAUUACCUCUUAUUCAAAUAAACUUAUGGACAUGCACAUGAUGAUCAUGACGGAAAUUCUGUUGGUCAUGUAAACAUCGCACCUUGAAAUCGCUCGAUCUAGUCAACGGAAAGAUCAAUCGUUCUAUGUUUCGGUCGAUCUUCAUACGUCAUAUUAUACAGUGCUACUGAUUUUUUUGUCUACCACAUCUACCUCUGAACCGGAUGGGCCUAUGAAAAAGCCCGAUAGACUGGUACAAACCACGUAAAGCAUAUACAAUAUAUUCACUAUAUAUCGAAUCGAUAAAUCGAUUCCUGAGUAUCGAUAGACUUUAUUUGUUCACCAGACUCCACCUCAAUACACUACUUGUAAGUUUUGAAAAGUCAUUAUAAACAUACCAAAAAGAUAUCACUAAUUUAGAAUUUAGAAGUACGAAAGUGCAUGCAUUACACUUACACACCAACGAGUCUUUCCGGGUGGAACCCAUAAACAGCUUCUAUUAUUUACUAUGCACAUUGUAGAAGCCACGUACUCUAUCCAUAUAUAUAUAUAUAUAUAUAUAUAUAUAUAUAUGUCACGUAUUUUAAUUUAUUUAUGCUCAACUUCAGUAUAUUAUAUGUAACCAUUUACCUAACGAUAAAGUUAAAAUGCUAGGUUUGUAGCUUCAAAAAACACUACACUAUUAGUUAUGGUAUAAGUAAUGGUCGAGUCAGAAAUACCAGCCAAGAGUUCAAGAAUUUAAGCUCGAGAGAUUGAAUCAUGUACUACAAGGCUAAAAUCUACCAACGAAUAUAUAUAUAUUUCAUAAAUUUAUUAUCGCUUUUGUACAUAUUUCUAACUGAAUUUGAAAAUUGUAAAAUUAUUAUAACCUUCCCUAACCUCAACAUGGCUUCAUCAAUAUUGAGCUUAACCUUUAAAUGGGAAGAUAAUUAUUUUUCGAAUUUAUAAAUAACAUAACUAUAUUCGAAAUUUUAAAUUAUUCAACAAAUAUUACAUAGCUCUUUAGUUGAUUGUUAAUUUUGAUCUUCAAUGACCAAUCUUACAUAUUGUACGUUUCUCUAGUAUGAAUUCUCUAACAUUUCAUAUGACAUUUUGACUAUAUUUUGAUGACAACGAUUAUUAUUUCGAAAUCAAUGUAGGAAAACCGACCGUACCCGAAACCCAUUUCAAUGGAGGUAGCCCUCCCCUUUAAAUUUCCCUCCCUCACUACUACUUCCCCACUCCAAACUUCUCAAAAUCUCUGUUCCAUUCAAACUUCCCUCUGUUUUUCCCCCUCUCGACCCACAAAAAUGGCAUCAUCGUCAUCAAUCUUCCAACAAGCCAACAAAUUCACCAUUCUGCACCUCAGAUUCCUCAUGAUCAUGUUGCUCUGCCACACACCACACGAAUCCAAACUCUGCUCCACCAACCAAAACCACCACCAACUGAUCUUCUCACCAUCACAACCUCGCUCCGCCUUAGAGACACUGAACCUCGACGGUUACUUCAGCUACCAAAACACGGCGCACGCCGCGAGGGACUUCGGCAACAGGUUCUUCUUCCGGCCAGCCGCCGUCCUCCACCCGAAAUCGGUCCCCGACAUUGCCUCCACGGUGAAGCACGUCUACGAAAUGGGUGCCGGAACCGUGGCCGCCAGAGGACACGGCCAUUCCCUGCAGGGCCAAGCGCAAGCUGACGGCGGGAUCGUAAUCAACAUGGAGUCCCUGAUUCGACCGCGUCGUGGUGGUGGUGAUGGUGGUGGCAGAUACGUGGAUGUGUCGGGUGGCGAGCUGUGGAUCGAUGUUCUGAAGGAGACAGUGAAGCAUGGGCUGACGCCGAAAUCGUGGACGGAUUACUUGCAUCUCACCGUCGGAGGGACGCUGUCGAAUGGCGGGAUCAGCGGUCAGGCAUUCCGGCAUGGUCCCCAGAUCAGUAACGUUCAACAACUGGAGGUCGUUACAGGUAAAGGAGAGGUGGUUACCUGUUCUGAGAAGCAGAAUGCAGAGCUGUUCUUCAGUGUGCUUGGAGGGCUCGGACAGUUUGGGAUCAUAACUCGAGCAAGAAUCUCUCUUGAGCCAGCACCAAACAUGGUGAAAUGGAUCCGAGUUCUGUACUCAGAUUUCUCGCAGUUUUCCAGUGACCAAGAACAUCUAAUAUCCCUAGACGAAUCGUUCGAUUACAUCGAAGGAUUCGUGAUCAUAAACCGAACCGGCCUCCUCAACAACUGGCAAUCCUCUUUCCAUCCCAAGGACCCAGUUCAAGCCAGCCAGUUCAUUUCAGAUGGGAAAACCCUCUACUGCCUUGAAGUCGCCAAGUACUUCAGCACACAGCAUGACAGCAAUGAAACCGUCGACAUGCAAAUCCAAGGCCUGCUGUCAAAUCUGCAUUUCAUUCCAUCCACCCUUUUCAUCUCUGAAGUAUCCUACGUCGGCUUUCUGGACAGAGUCCAUGUAGCCGAGAUGAAACUCAGAGAACAGGGUUUAUGGGAAGUUCCUCAUCCAUGGCUAAGCCUACUCAUUCCAGGAAGCAAGAUGGCUCAAUUUGCAAGUGAGGUGUUUGGCAGCAUUGUCACAGACAGUAGCAAUGGUCCAAUCCUCAUUUAUCCACUCAACCAGUCCAAGUGGAACAACAUCAAGAAAACAUCAUUAGUCACACCGAGAGAAGAUGUUAUUUAUCAUGUCUCGUUCUUGGCAUCGGCAGUGCCAUCUUCCACAGGAGAAGAUGGUCUGGACUACAUUUUAGCACGAAACCAACGAAUACUAGACUUCAGUUCGGGUGCCGGCAUAGGGUUGAAGCAAUACUUGCCUCAUUACACCACCCAGGAAGACUGGAAGGCUCACUUUGGGUCCAAAUGGGAAGUUUUUCUAAAGAGAAAAUUGACUUACGAUCCUUUGGCAAUCCUAGCACCUGGGCACAGAAUCUUCAAGAGGCAAUACCAAAUCCAAGAGCAAACCAUCACUGAGGGGCUCUUGAAGAAUACAUGAAGCAGUAAUUACCUAAAGCUAGUUUGUAAAUGAUUACAGGCCAAAUCUUAUGUAGUAGGUUUUAUUCCACAGAGCUCACUAUUAGGACAGAACAGUGGGAAUAACCGAAAACAAGACCGGUUUCACUAAUUAACCUGAUCAUGUUUAACAAAAGGGUCCAUGUAGAGAGGACAUUGUAGUAUAAGCUUCACCAGAAAAGUGAGCUUCAAUUCCGGUACAUCACAAUUCACAGUAUAUUAAAGCUGAUUACAAGUAAAAU